GUUAUGCGACUCGGUCGUGUUAGAACUGUUGAAGCCCCAACCUAGCUGCCGCGCAUGCGAUCUCAGUAGCAUAGAUUCUUAGCAUGACCAACUGGACGCUGCUGCGUCCAGCCAGCCGCGCAGCUGGCUGCUCGCGGCAGCCCGUUGGCGAUGCGCAAAUGCCGCCGCCGCCUUUGCGAGCCGCCGCGAGGUGCAGCACCGCGCACCCGCGAGCUCAGCCAGCGAUGCAUCCAUGCCUGGGACAACUGCGAUGCGGAACACAGCAGACCCGGGCCACACGGCGACGAGGUUUCUCCGUGGUGGCGCAGGGAGCUCGCUCUCCCUUCCCCAAUCACCAAACCUGGCUCGCACGCGGCGACUGCGACGGGCCUGAGUCCCCCUUCCAUGCUCUUCAACUGACCGAUGCUGAGCGCAAUGCAGGCGGGCGGGCAAGUCCGGAGCAGGAACUACUCGUUCCUGUCCAGCGAUGCGGGGCAGCAGGCGACGCAGGUUGAUUGGGCCGCAACCUUCAAUGACACGAGCCUUCCCCUGGUUGCGGACCUGGGCUGCGGCGCGGGGCGCUACGUGCUGCUCAUGGGCAGCAACGACGCCGCCCGCAGCAGCAACUAUCUGGGAUUAGACGUUCAUAAGGCGCUUCUGGACCGAGCCAACGGUUGGGCCGCAGCGCGCGGCCUGUCCGGCCACGUCGCCUACGUGCAGGCCAACGUGGUCGUGUCAGCGGCCGCCAUUCUGGGCUCCUACCCCGGCCGCCACGUACGGCUGGUGAGCAUCCAGUACCCCGACCCGCAGCAGCGGCGGCGGCGGCAUGUGGUAGGGCGGGAGCUGGUGGCAGCGCUGGCAGAGGUGCUGCCGUCAGGAGCGCAAGUCUAUCUGAACAGCGACUUCGAAGACACAGCCACCUACAUGCGCAACUGCUUCGAGCGCUUUGGCGCCCAGCACUUCGACAUCGACACCACCGUGCACGUACCCGGCUCGACCUUUCCCUGCUCUGAGGUGCUGCAGCCCGUCCGUCCCGACGUGGUGACGCCGCAGGCGGGCCGCCGGCCACGUGCCUCGGGCGCGGGUGAUGCGGCGCCCGGGACGGCGGCAUGGCGGUCUGCGUCUGGUGAUGACGGACCGUCAGGGCCUGGGUCAGGGUCCGAGUCGGGCGGCGAGGGUGGCGGUGGCGGCGGCAGUGGUGGCGAGGCGGUGGACGAGGAGGAGGUGGACCUGCUGUUCUGGCGGCAGGGGCGCUGGCGGGAGGCUGGCUGGCUGCUGCGCAACCCGGUGGGGGCGCCCACGGAGAGGGAGGUGUAUGUGGAGUUGGCGACGCGCCAACAGGUGUACCGGGUCAUGCUGGUGCGCCGGUAGCUGUGUGAGAUGCAUGUGUGGCUGUGAGCCCGCUGGGGGGCGGCGUUUUAAGGCGAGAAAGCUGUCGUUCAAGUGCGAAGAGCUGACGUGCAGGGGACCGCACUUGGUAAAGAGCCGUGGCGACCGCACCGAUGAAGCGAAGUAGGGGCUGAAGAGGAGUCAC